UGUUAUUUACAGCAGAGUGAACUGAGCAUUAGUCAGAAAACAUCCCUGAUUAUAGAACACAGAUUCAAGAGACAGCCAGGAUGGGCACUGCAGGAAAAGUUAUUAAGUGCAAGGCAUCUGUCCUAUGGGAAAUGAAUCAGCCCUUUUCCAUUGAGGAAAUAGAAGUUGCCCUGCCAAAGGCUAAGGAAUUUCGAGUUAAGAUUUUGGCCACAGGAAUCUGUCGCACAGAUAACCACUUGAUAAAAGGAACAAUGCUGUCUAAGUUUCCAGUGAUUGAGGGACACGAAGCAGUUGAGGUUGUAGAGAGCACUGGAGAAGGAGUCAUUACAGUGAGACCAGAUGAUAAAGUCAUCCCUCUGCCACAGUGUGGAGAGUGCAAUGCCUGCAGUAACCCAGAUGGCAAUCUUUGCAUUAGGAGCGAUCUGACUGGCCAUGGAGUAUUGGCUGAUGGCACUACCAGAUUCACAUGCAAGGGCAAACCAGUGAAGUACUUCAUCAAUACCAGCACCUUCACCAAGUACACAAUGCUGGAUGAGUCUUCUGUAGCGAAGAUUGAUGCCUUGGCUCCUCCUGAGAAAGUCUGUUUAAUCGGCUCUGGAUUUUCCAUUGGAUAUGGGGCUGCUGUUAAGACUGCCAAGAUGGAUAUAAUCAACAAUCUCCUUCAGGUCAAUGCCCUCUCAUCCUGCCACAUGAACUACGGGACCAGUGUGGUGGUUGGUGCUCCUCCAUCAGCUAAGGUGCUCAGCUAUGACCCGAUACUGCUCUUCACUGGGAGAAUCUGGAAAGUAAAUCUGUGCUUACUUACAGGUUGGUAACGUAGAGAUGAUGGACCUAAACUAGUGACUGAUUUCCUGGCAAAGAAAUUUGACCUGGACCAGUUGAUAACCCAUGUCCUACCUUUUAAAAACAUCAGUGAAGGAUUUGAGUUGCUAUAUUCAGGGUAAAGCAUCCGAACUGUUCUGACAUUUUGAGAUCCUGUGGGUGGAUGCUCUGUGCUGGGUGGUGACCUGGAGCCUUUCUUCUUCCGGUGCCCUCUGAGAUCAUGGAGCUGUCUGAGAAAUAGCUGCAGAAGAAGUAGAUGUUCCGGUGAAGAUACAGAAGCUUUACAAAGUUUAAUGAACCUUUAUGAAAAUUGCUUUAAUGAGUACCUAGAGAUUAGCAUGGAACUUAAUGAUAACAUUAAAAUUCUAAAAUUUGCUUUUUCUAAGGCUGUAAUUAUAUUUAAAAAAACAUUUUUCUGUUAGGAUAAAGUUUUUUUCAGAGUUUUAAACAGUCACUGUGCCUUACAUAGAUGUAUAAUGUAAAGAUAUGGUGAGUGUAUUUACUGGAGAAAUAUUCAUUGAGCACAUUGCAACUAUUCUGUUUUUAAGCAGAAAUACUCUUAAAACAUGCUGUAAAUUAACUUGAAUUAGAUUGUGAAAUCAUCCCAUUGUAUCACACAUUAUUUGAUUAGAUUAAGAAAAAUAAUUGGGAAAUUUGAGGAAAGGGCACAUUUUUCAUUGAUUAACUUUUAGAAUUGUCAUUACAUAAUGGUGAAACUCAAGAUUCAUAAGAGUACCUAGGGUUAUUUACCAGCAUAUAUCAAUUUUUUACAAGCUAGAACUUUUAUGAUACUAUUUAAAUAUAAAACUAUAGCUAUAAGCACACUGAUAUUUAUCAUAAUGUUCAGUUUAACAAGUCCUAAAUCCCUUUUUACAUAGUAAUAAUUCUAUUUAACAAUAAAAUAAUUUCAGUUUGUUAUAUCUAUAUUGGCAUAUAUUUAUGCAUAUCUAUCUGCAGACAUGUACAUAUUGAUAAUAUGUGCUAAAAUUCUUCCAUUUUUCUUUUGGGACAGGGUUUUGCAAUGUAUCAGACUGUCCUGGAACUUUCUAUCUAGUCCAGGAUAACCUUAAACUCAAAAUCACCCUGCUUCAGCUCUCCCGCCCCAAGUCUACCCAGGGCUGGGAUUACAGGCAUGCACCAUUAUGCAUGGCUGAAAGUUCUUAAUAAAGUUAAAAGUCAUACAAAAUUAUUUGUAGUGUCAUAGUUUGUUUGAAAAAGACACAUUUCAUUAUUGGAAUUUUAAUGGUCAUAGAAUAUUGAAGUUCCUGAAAAUAUUUAAUAAUGUAUAAGAAAAGUAAGUUGAGUAGGACUAGCAGAAAUUUUGGAUUUCCAUUUGAGGAUGCAGUAUAGGUUGAAAAGUCCAGGUAACUCUGAGCCACUGUUACAUAAUAAACAUUUCCCAAUAAAAAUCGAU